UUUCGUUUAGCGCCAUCUUCUUCAAUAAUAUUAUGAGGAACUGUAAGUUUCAGCAAAAUCGUCGUUUGUUUUUGGAUGACGGUGGCUUAUGAUUCAGACCAGGUAAACAUAUGGUGCCACAAUCACUGACCCGAUCGUUUAUUGUCAUAUUGCUCAAUUACAGCAAUUUUGUCGUUGCUGUCACUGUGUUCCCGAUUUCUUCAUCGUUUUCUCCAUCCGGCGUAAACAAGACUGCUUUAUGUUUACAGGAAAUAAAAGUCGUAAUGUUAUUGUGAUAUUUAGUAUAAGAAUGGUCCACCCUUGGAACCCUUAUUGCUGAGCCUAACAUGACAUGGAGGACGCAGUUAGUCGCAGUUCCCUGGAAUCCUCGUCUACUGGCGAUGAUUAUGUUGUUGUCAAUGGGGAACCCAAACUGAAAAUAACUGGUGAUAUCAAUGACCUUAACAUGGAGAUAUCAGUUGACAGUCCCCCAGACCAGAUGACAUCAACUCUGACAUCCAGUGAAUCUUUGUCAGCUGACAACCGGCUGGGGGAAAGUAGCAAGGGUGACCAUGUCCUCCCGAGUAGCCAAUCAGCAGAUGUCAUUAGUGCUCCUGCAGCUCGUGAGAGAUCAACCUCCUUGCCAGCAUCACCUUUCCAAGGUGAAACUGUAUUUAAUGGAGUUACCUACCUUGGCUGUGCUCUGGUCAAUGCACCGAGGAGUGAAGUGGAGAUCUACCGCAACAUGGCCAUUCUGAAUGACCAAUCACAGAUGGCCAUUCCUAUCAUUCUGUCUGUUCCAAGCACGUCACAUGGAGUUGUCAGACCUGAUGGAUGUGUUAGGAUACUUGAUCCGACUACCGACACAGAUAUAGCAUCUUACAAGAUCCAUCGUAUCCUAUUCUGUGCGAGGGGGCCAGCAGACAGCAAUGAGAGGCUUUGCUUUGCAUUUACCUGUAGUCACGGUGAUUCAGCAGAAUCGGCUAUUUUCCAGUGCCACGUGUUUAGGUGUGAGCUAGCUGAGGCGGUUGCAAAGAUUCUUUACUCCUUUGCUACCACAUUCCGCAGAGUUCCAAAAAACACACGUCUACUAUCCAGCAAUAGCAUUGCAGAAACAGAACAAACUGCCAUAUUUACUGUCUCCUUGGAAAUCAAAGAAGAUGAUGGGAAGGGAAACUAUUCAUAUUGUCCCAAGGACAAGAACAUGUUCAAGUUGCGCUGUAACAGUGAAAAGAACAUCAUGAUUAGUGUUAGCCAGACUGGGACCAGAGAACUCCAAAUUGAGAGAUGUUUUGGCCUUUUGAUAUCACCUGGGAGAAAUGUCAAGCAUGGAGAUAUGCAUCUGAUUGAAAUGAACUCUAUGGGAUACUCUGGAGAUGGGAAAUCUUAUUCUAUAUCUGGAAACUGGGAUCCAACGGAGAAGUGCUUCGCUGUACUCAACACAGAAACUCCAAAAGAUACUCGAGUGUUCCUAACCAUUGCAGUAGAUUUAGUCAUUCAUGGAAUUCAAGAGCCUGUGAGAUUUGCAAUGGAAACCAAGGCAAAGAUCUUUCCCCAAUCAGAAAGAUUUUGGUACUUCACAAGAAAACCACAUCAAGAGCAGUUCCAUGUUAAGCUACGACCGUCUGAGUUGGACAGUCCAGAUGCGGAUAUUCAGAUGUUGGAGGUGGUGGGGGUGCAGAGCCAAACAGAGAUAGACCGUAAGAAGGCAGGUAUGAGUCUUCAGGGGCUUAACACCUCCCGGCAGAUACCUGAUGACAUCCAGACCCCUCAGGAGCCAGACGAGGAAUCAGAUGGGGAUGAGCCCCUAUUGAGUGGCUCAGGAGUAGUCAGUAAGGAGGUGACUGACGAGAACCUACUGGACGCCUGGCAUGAGACGCUAACCAAGUGGCACCAAAACCUCGCCCAACGUCCCAAGCAAGUACAUCACCUGGUGAGGAAAGGCAUUCCAGAAGCUCUACGUGGGGAAGUCUGGCAGCUCCUGGCUGGCUGUCAUGACAAUUCGGAACUCCUCGAGGCAUACAGGGUCCUCAUCACUAAGGAGUCUCCCAAUGAAUCUGUGAUACAAAGAGACAUCAACCGAACAUUUCCAGCCCAUGAUUUCUUCAAGGAGACGGGAGGACUGGGCCAAGACUCCCUUUAUAGGAUCAGCAAGGCCUAUUCUGUUUAUGAUGAAGAGAUUGGAUAUGUACAAGGAUUGUCUUUCUUGGCUGCCUCUCUCCUCCUCCAUAUGCCAGAAGAGCAAGCAUUUGCAGUUUUGGUGAAGACAUGUUUUGAGUACGGACUCCGAGAUUUCUUUAAACAAGGAUUUGAGGAGCUUCAUCUGAAGUUUUACCAGCUGGAUCGCCUUAUGGAGGAUCAGCUUUCUGACCUACAUGACCACUUCAUGGAGAUGAACCUGGAGACUCACAUGUUUGCAUCACAAUGGUUUCUCACUCUUUUCACUGCCAAGUUCCCUCUUUACAUGGUUUUUCACAUCCUCGACUUGUAUCUCUGUGAGGGAAGAGAAAUGGUGUUCAAUGUGGCAUUAGCAUUACUUAAGAAUUCCAGAAAGGAUCUAUUAGCCCUUGAUUUUGAGGGAAUAUUAAAAUAUUUUCGUGUUCAUCUACCAAAGAAAUAUCGUACAGAAGAAUCUGCUAAAGAAUUAAUGCAGAUGGUCAUUGGCAUAAAGGUGUCAAGCCGUAAGUUAAAGAAGUAUGAGAAGGAAUAUAUGGCCAUGAAAGAACAGGAGAUGCAACAAGAGGACCCUGUGGAGAGGUUUGAGCGUGAGAGCAAGCGUCUGUUGGAAGCUAACAUGCGCUUAGAACAAGAGAAUGACGAUCUGGCCCACGAACUUGUGGAGAGUAAGUUGGCCCUCAGGAGUGAACUGGACCAGAUUCAGAAAUAUUCAACUUGGUACCAGGACCAGUGUGAGGAACUGACCACAGAUCUGGCCGUCACGAAGAAACUACUGACCGACACACAGGAGGAGAAACAGAGGCUGGAACAUGAGGCAACACAGGUGAAGGAGAUGUGUCGAAGGGAACUCGACCGUGUUGAGGCAGAGAACGGCAGAAACUCUGCCAUCAUUGCUGAUUACAAACAGAUUUGUUCCCAGCUGAGUGAGCGGUUAGAGAAACAACAGACAGCUAACAGAGAGGAGCUGAGUAGGAUAAUGUCUCAGGUGAAAAGUUGUGACCAGUGUUCAAAAAUGUUUGCUUCUGAUGGGAAGGUUCAACUCCCGGAACCAAAACUAGAUCCAGAUAGUGUGAACCCCAAGAUUGUAGAUCUCCACCGACAGAUUCGUGAGCUUGAACUUGAACUUGCACAGACAAAACUUGCUCUAGUCGAGUCAGAGUGUAAAACCCAAGACCUUACUCACCAGCUGAACUCGGCUGUCACGGAAAUACAGGCCUCCAAGAACACUUGGUUCCAGAAAACCAUUAAUUCCAUCAAAGUAGCCACAAACCAAGGCAGUACUAAAAAGGACCAGAAAGAGUGAUGCAUGUUCAUGAGUAUAUUCACAGUGGGUUGUGGAUGUUGGUGUGCUUGUGUGUGGACUUAGAGAGGCAUUCCGUCACAAAAGGUUACUAAUCUUCAUCAUGCUCCCUAGUCAAUGGUGUAUUUGCCAAAAUCACAUCUAUUUGUGAUUUAUAUAUAUUUAUUUAUCAGAAAAGCCACUAAAAUAAUAACACUUGAUAAUUCUUUUACAUUGUAUCCAAGAGUAUAGAUAUGCUGUUGCUUAAAUUUAAUCCUGACCAAUGACAAUGCUGUUCAGUGGUUUCAACUAUUUAACACUGAAUGUGAGCACUGACACACAUUGCUGCAAACUGAUAUAGCUGGAUCAAAUAUUGUAUAAAAUAACAAAAAAAACUUUGUUUAUGUGUUAACAAGAUCAUUUCAGCUUAUCUUGUCACAUUUGCUUUACAUACAUUGGGGAGCAAGAAGAGUAAGCAUUACAGCUUUCUGUCUUGUACCUAGUAUAAUUGAGGUUGAAGAUGGUUACUGAUAGUGCCCUGGGUCUAGUUGUUCAAUGUUGGGCCAAUUCAAAUCCAUGGUUUUAGUUUUAAAUUUUGAUAUUUUUGAAAAGUUGCAUAAGCAUUUUGGGAUAACUUAAUAUCAAUGAUUUGGUCACCAUACCCUGCUGUCAGUUGGCAGGACCAACAUAAUAACCUGUAAUUAAUAGAAAUCCCAUUCACCCAGCUAUUGACAAUUUUUUUUAUAAUUAUAAGAUAUCUUAAUGAAUACCUCAUAUGUUUAGGUUAUUUUGAUAAAUAAAACUAAAUUGCAAAUGCCAGUAAUAACAGUAAUAAGUAUCUGAAAUGUUACGGAGUCUUUUAAAACCUUUAUAUAAAAAGGAAACCAAACUUCUACAUUGUACUAGAUAAUAUUUUAACAUGAUAGGCCUUUUCUAGCAUCACUCUGUGAUAGUUUGAAUUACUGUAGACUUACAGAAAAUUAUUUUGAAUUUCAUUAUCUUUUUUUGCUAUAAGUUUUGCGUUAACAGGACAAUUGGUGCCUUGAACAACUGGACCCCUGAUCUGAUAUUGGCCCUGAUUUUCUUGUGUGGCAUGUUAAAAGUAAACAACUGAUGUCCCAUACAGACAUUUUAGGUAGAAUUGCAGUACAGUAACAAUCAGUGUAGAGGCUUUAACCCAGAUCUGCUGGUUACUAGGUGUGUCCGGUAAUCUGACCACGUAUUAAUAUAAGAGGUCUUUAUACUCUGGUCACGUGGUCUUCAUGGCAUAAUAUGCAUGUAUGGCAUUAAAACAGAUAGCAGUUUGGUCACUGGUGUUAAAAGAAUCAUGACAGGUACAUAAAAGGUAGUAUGUAUAUGGGGGGGGGGGGGGGGGGGGGAUGUCCGACAUUAGGCCAGAGAUUGUCUAAUGUAUGUGACAGGCAUCUAUUUAAAUAUAAAGAGGCCAUUUCACAAUACUGUAGUGCAGUACUUGCUAUUUUUCAUCAAAUCAUUCCUACCCAAUAUGAGAGCAUAGUACUGCCAGAAGAAUGGAAGAAGUCUGUUUGUGUAGAACUGUUACAAGGUAUGAUAUGGCAGAACAAAUUCUAAAGGUUUUUGAGCUGACCUGAGGAUGAAACGUUAUGUUGUGUGAUAGGGACUUAUACUUUUAAUGAACAUUACUAUAUAAAUCCAACUUGUCCUUGAUUUGAAGGUUAAAUCUGAUAUUACUACCAAGUGUAUUGUUAAACUGUUGCUGUUCUUUUGUGCACAUUUUUGACUACUGGUAUUUCAAAUGGUAAAGAUGUUGUCAUCUCCCCUUUGGUCUUCCUAGAUGAAGAUGAAUAUUAUGACAUGUUUCAUUGAUAAUCAUUUUAGAUUAUCAUCAUUCAAUAUGUAGAUUUCUUUAAAUUUAUCUGCUGUUCAUGUACUUUGAUCACAUCUAUUAAAACUAUUUGAUUUUCUAGUAAGUUACAAAAUGUGCACCCUGAAAACAGCGAAUUGAAAUGUGCAAUUUACAUUGUUUUGACAUGAGUAUAUAACUAGAUGUAGUUGUUGUGAUGCUUGAAUGAAUCAUUGAAUAUGUGUAUUUGUUGUGAUAUAUAAUUGUCUUUUAUCUAUGUUUUUAUGACAUUAAGAAGUAGUGCUAGUUGUGCUACAAUUAUUGUGGACGAAGACCUUGUUGUAAACAGUAUUGAAGCUACACAGGCGUUUAAUAUAAAUGUACUGAUUUCGGAGCACUCAGAUUUUAGUGUGAAUUGUCAAAGUUUAACAGUGAGAUUAAUGCAAUAAUGAUUUGGCAUACUAUCAUUACUUUCCAUGGAAUUAAUAUUAAACAGUGCUAUUGGCACUGCCAUAACUUGGUACAAUGCUUCCAGCAUGCAAAGUGAUAAUUGAAAUAAGUUUAUCGCUAUUCAAAAAUGUACCUUUACAUAAAAACGUUCUCAUGCUUUAAUAAACUUAAGUUCAGUUGCCAAGUCCAAUUCUUUGAUCCAGUAAUAGGCUUUAAACUUUAAAGAGUUUCAAAGAUUUCAACACUUUUUGAGAUUUAGUUUUGGACUGUCAUAGGAUUUCGUGCAGUUGCAUUCUAAAAAGUUUGUGAGAAUGGGAUUCAAACUAGAACAUGAUAAUGUUUCCAGAAAGGGCCUAGGUUGAUCUUAAGUCUGAUAUUGUAUGGAAUGCUGGUGCUGAACAAAAUUUAAUCAUUUAUUCUUGUGAUUUUUGUAAAUCACAAAUUACAUGUUUAAUCAGGAUAAUUGAUUUUCAUUUCAAAAAGUUUAUCUUCAUUUUUAUCAUGUUUGUUGAUUUUUAUUUUGAUUACAAGGUGUUUUAAAAAAAAUUCUGAAUUUUUUUUUUAUUAAAAUGCAGAGAAAAAUAUCAGUGAUGGAUAUAUAUAUAUCUGUCCUUGUUACAAGGAGGUCUUUGUUAAUAAGAUUGUAGAUUUUUAAAAAGAUCAAUGCAAAAUGUUGUAUAGAGUUGCACUAACUUAAAGUCAUUUAGUUAUGCACUGUAAACAUAUUUAUUCGGCUUGGAUGCUGUAGCUGUCCCCGCUAUUCAGGACAAUAUUAUCUCUCAAUAAUUCCAAAGAUGUUGUGUAACAUUAUACAAUAAAAAAGUAAUGAAGUCGAAAGAUUUCACAUCUCUCAUUUUCUUUCCUGGUGCAUUCUCAGAGCAUGUAUAAAUGUUCUUAACAAAAUUCCUCACAGAUGUUCAUUUUUUUCUGUAACAGCAACUUGACUGAAAUUCAGUCUGUGCCAGAUACAUCUACCACACUUGGCAUUUUAGUGUGUGGAAAAUUUACAUUUACUUUAUUAUUAAAAGUGAUGGCCGUGCACAAUUUUAAUGGUCAAUAAAUUCAAUAUCUGAAAUAUAGAAUUAUAACAUCUAUUACCAAUUUAAAAAAGCAUAAAGUUUAUCUGCCCGACCAUGUGGUUUUCCAUGAGGACUUGUUGAUUUCCUACCACAGCAAUACCCUUUGCGCACGUCCAUCUGUGGCGUGAUUUAAAUAAGUUGUUGUACCUGUAACUGUUUUGCAAUUGUUGUAAAAUAAAUGAAGUUAACAUUUACAAAGCUUAUAUGUGGAUAAACAUGUUGUAUACUACCAGUGGUUAGAGUUAGGUGAACAUUAAGAUACUUCAUGCGAUGUGCUUGAUUAAAAGACAUGUGAUAUAAAGAGGUAUGUUAAGAACAGAAAACAUCCUGAAAUGCUCCAAAAUGUUUCUCCUUUGCUGAGUGUGCUUUACACAGUAUCAGAAGUUCUUAAUACAAACAUUCCAGGACAUUAGAAACUGAAUUUGUCCCUGAUGUUUCAAUGUUAUAAGUUUCCCUACUCUCUAGUUCCAUUUGCAGUCCUCUUAUUUGACUUGGUGUCCUGUCCCUCUGUGUAACUUUUGUAUAUAGAGUCCUUAUUUAUAAGAAAUCCUCUACAAUCCUGUUUAAAUAGAUAUUCAUCUUUUAAUAGAAACUGUAUAUAAUACAGCCUUGUAUUGAUCAAAGAUGACAUUGCUAUGUUUUGGAUGAAGAACAUACGUUUUGACUAUCAAAAUUAUCACUUCAGAAAAAAUUUUGGUUAAGGUAUUACAAUAAGGAAAAGCAUGUGGUAAAAAGGUUUGUUACCUUAAUUAAAUACUGUAAAAUAUUAUAAAACAUUCUUAUUCAUUAAACCAGAAAAAUCUUAAUCAUACUCUGUAAUUAUGGAAAUUGAAAUCUUUUCAGUUGUUUUUGUGAACAUUUUGUAUAGAUUUAAUUAUUAUAUAGAUUUAAUUAUUAUAAAGUAUGAGGAACAAAGAAGUGUGUUUAGUAUUUAAAAAAAAUUACAUUAGAUUUACAUAUGUUUUAGUAUCAAUCCAACAUUUCCUUUCUUCUCAAUGUUUGUUUUUUUUUUUAAAUGAAGACAGCAUUUUCCUGUGUUAUGCAAAUGAUUUACAAAUCCAACUGAUGCCUCCCUUCUGCUGUCUGUCUGUCUCUUAUGUCUGUGAGGAACACAUUCUGUACAUUAAUAUGAGUAAUAAAACACUAGUCAUGCU